CAAAAAAGGGAAAAAAAAAAAAAGGAAGAAAGGAGGGGGACCAUCCUCCUCACUACCUCCGCCAGCAUCGCCACCACCAUUGACAGUACUCCGAGUCUCCAGUUGCGCCCAUGCCUGUGCCGCCAGUUUCGUUUUAGGGGCUGAACCGCAGGAGCUGAAGAAAAUGGGGCAGAGCGUGCCCCGGACCCUCCUGCUGCUGCUGGCGGGGCUGCUGGGGGAGGCUCUGGCGGGGUUCCCCAACACCAUCAGUAUAGGUGGACUUUUCAUGAGGAACACUGUUCAGGAGCACAGUGCAUUUCGGUUUGCUGUGCAGUUAUACAACACAAACCAAAAUACCACAGAAAAGCCCUUCCAUUUGAACUAUCAUGUAGAUCACUUGGACUCUUCCAACAGUUUUUCAGUGACAAAUGCUUUCUGUUCACAGUUUUCCAGAGGAGUUUACGCCAUCUUUGGAUUCUAUGACCAGAUGUCAAUGAACACACUGACGUCAUUUUGUGGAGCCCUUCACACAUCCUUUGUCACACCCAGCUUCCCAACAGAUGCAGAUGUACAGUUUGUCAUCCAGAUGCGUCCAGCAUUAAAAGGAGCCAUCUUGAGUCUCUUGACUCAUUAUAAAUGGGAAAAGUUUGUGUACCUCUAUGACACAGAGCGGGGAUUUUCCAUUCUUCAGGCGAUUAUGGAAGCAGCAGUACAGAACAACUGGCAAGUGACAGCCAGAUCUGUAGGAAGCAUAAAGGAUGUUCAAGAGUUCAGAAGAAUCAUAGAGGAGAUGGACAGACGACAGGAGAAAAGAUACUUAAUUGACUGUGAAGUAGACAGAAUCAACACCAUCUUGGAACAGGUUGUAAUCCUCGGCAAACAUUCUAGAGGCUAUCACUACAUGUUGGCUAACCUGGGUUUCACAGAUAUUGUUCUGGAGAGAGUAAUGCAUGGAGGUGCCAACAUUACUGGAUUCCAGAUUGUUAAUAAUGAAAACCCAAUGGUUCAACAGUUUCUACAACGCUGGGUGAGACUCGAUGAAAGGGAAUUCCCUGAAGCCAAAAACUCGCCGUUAAAGUAUACAUCUGCACUGACCCAUGAUGCAGUCCUAGUCAUAGCAGAGGCUUUCCGUUACCUCCGAAGACAGCGUGUGGAUGUCUCCAGGAGAGGUAGUGCUGGAGACUGCCUGGCUAACCCUGCAGUACCAUGGAGCCAAGGAAUUGAUAUAGAAAGAGCACUGAAAAUGGUGCAAGUUCAAGGAAUGACAGGGAACAUCCAGUUUGACACAUAUGGGAGAAGAACAAAUUAUACAAUUGAUGUGUAUGAGAUGAAAGCUGGUGGAUCACGGAAGGCUGGUUAUUGGAAUGAGUAUGAAAGAUUUGUGCCAGCAUUAGAUCAGCUGCCCUCUAAUGACACUUCAUCUGUGGAGAACAGAACUAUAGUAGUCACUACUAUCUUGGAAUCACCAUAUGUAAUGUAUAAGAAAAACCAUGAACAACUAGAAGGGAAUGAGAGAUAUGAAGGAUAUUGUGUAGACUUAGCUUCUGAAAUAGCAAAACAUGUUGGAAUAAAAUACAAACUGUCAAUUGUUGGAGAUGGGAAAUAUGGAGCUAGGGACCCUGAGACUAAGAUAUGGAAUGGCAUGGUGGGUGAACUGGUCUAUGGGAGAGCAGAUAUAGCUGUUGCCCCCCUCACCAUAACACUGGUGCGAGAAGAAGUCAUAGACUUUUCCAAACCCUUUAUGAGCCUGGGCAUCUCCAUCAUGAUCAAGAAGCCUCAGAAAUCUAAACCGGGCGUAUUCUCUUUCCUGGAUCCUUUGGCUUAUGAAAUUUGGAUGUGUAUAGUCUUUGCUUACAUUGGCGUCAGCGUGGUUCUUUUCCUAGUCAGCAGAUUCAGCCCUUACGAAUGGCAUUUGGAAGACAGCAAUGAAGAACCACGUGACCCUCAGAAUCCUCCUGACCCUCCAAAUGAGUUUGGAAUAUUUAACAGCCUUUGGUUUUCCCUGGGUGCCUUUAUGCAGCAAGGAUGCGAUAUUUCUCCAAGAUCUCUCUCAGGGCGAAUUGUUGGAGGAGUCUGGUGGUUCUUCACUCUCAUCAUUAUCUCUUCCUACACUGCUAAUCUUGCUGCCUUCCUUACGGUGGAAAGGAUGGUUUCUCCCAUAGAGAGCGCAGAGGACCUGGCUAAACAAACUGAAAUAGCCUACGGCACUUUGGAUUCAGGCUCAACCAAAGAAUUCUUCAGAAGGUCAAAAAUAGCUGUCUACGAGAAAAUGUGGUCUUACAUGAAGUCAGCUGAGCCCUCGGUGUUCACCAAAACAACAGCGGACGGGGUGGCGAGGGUGAGGAAGUCCAAGGGGAAGUUUGCCUUCCUGCUGGAGUCCACCAUGAAUGAGUACAUCGAGCAGCGCAAGCCCUGCGACACCAUGAAAGUUGGCGGCAACCUGGAUUCCAAGGGCUAUGGUGUAGCAACCCCCAAAGGCUCAGCAUUAAGAAAUGCUGUUAACCUGGCAGUAUUAAAACUGAAUGAGCAAGGCCUCUUGGACAAAUUGAAAAACAAAUGGUGGUACGACAAAGGAGAGUGCGGCAGCGGGGGAGGUGACUCCAAGGACAAGACCAGUGCUCUGAGCCUGAGCAAUGUUGCUGGGGUUUUCUAUAUCCUUGUUGGAGGCCUUGGGCUGGCCAUGAUGGUGGCACUGAUCGAGUUCUGCUACAAGUCUCGGGCCGAGUCCAAGCGAAUGAAACUCACCAAGAACACACAGAACUUCAAACCUGCCCCCACCACCAACACCCAGAAUUAUGCUACCUACAGAGAAGGCUACAACGUGUACGGCACAGAAAGUGUGAAAAUCUAGGGAUCAUCAACCUGACAGCAUGCAAGAGGAGAAGCAGCAGAGAAUGUGGCUACUUCAUGGAUUCGGACCACCUGAGCCAGUCAUACUCUCUCCAAGGUGUCAGGCAUGACACGUAUUGAUGAUGGUGCAAUGUACUUUUAAUAGGAAAAAACUGAUAUUUUUUCCUUCAGUGCCUUAUGGAAGACUCUGAGACUCACAACAAUGCAAACCAUCACUGAAAUAUUCUUGCUUUGCUUGAAGAAAAAGGAAAAGAAAAAAAAAAAGAAAAAAAAAAGAAAA